AUGGGUUUCUGCUUGAUCUUCUGUGGCACAAGCGCAGCCUCCACCACCACAUCACUCUCUGCAACUUCAACAUCGUCAAUCAUUUCUUCUUCAACUAGCCCGAUCAUUCUUUCAUCAUCGUCAUCUGUGGCGGCCACAUCUACUGCUUCAAUAGCACCAGUCUCUACGCUCAAGUCUUCGAAGGCCGGUGCAUCUACAUCGGCUGUCACCAACGCUGGUGGCGUUGUAACAGGGGUAGUCACCGGUCUUCUAGGCAAUGCUGCCAGCUCGGUCUCAAGUUCCUCGAUCACCCCGACGCCCACCCCUACCACUCUUGCUACCACGACCAAAGCACCUUCGCUUUCUGCUCAAGCCACUGUCUCUUUCACCACAAUCAGCUCAGCUUGGACGGGCAAGACAACAUCGACAACAACUCAACUCAAUGGCUUAUCUGCUACUGUUAUCGUCCUUACGCCCGGAGUGGUCCAAACAACUGCUCCAGCGACUUCCAGCUCAGGCGGUUACGUCUACAUGACCACGACUACCGACUCGGGCACAUUCACCGCGGUUCAAACCAAGACCAUCCUUCCAACGAUCGGCACAGUAGCUACUGUUCAGAUUGUCUAUCCUACCCCCGUUACCACAUGCGGUAACACUGGUAUCGCUUAUGCUGGCUACACGAAUUCCUUCGCCGGCGGCCAAGCUACCUCCGGUUAUCCCAAGUUCAACCCUACCGUCUACAAAUCCGCCAAACCUUCCCAAACCGGUGUGACAAACUACAUUGCUGAAGUCAAUGCCGGAAGCAGCAACGUAGCCUACUACGGCCAAACUACCACUACCCAAAAUUGGGUCAUCGACCACACCUUCUAUGUGUUUGCUCGUCAAGAUGGAUACUACAGCUUCAACAUUCCUUACACGGACGAUAUCCAGAUGGUAUGGUACGGUGACAAAGCAGUAUCCGGAUGGACCAGAGACAAUGCCGAUAUCGUUCAAUUCUGGAGUAGCCAGAUCGCUGUGCAGACUCCGCAGACAGUUGCCAUCUACCUCACCACUGGUAGUUAUCUGCCCCUCAGAGUCAUGUUUGGAAAUGGCGGUGGUGCCGGUGAACUCGACUUCAAUAUCUAUGCUCCAGAUGGUAGCACGGUAUUGGCCUCCAACAGGGGACUGGGUACGGGAAGCUCGUCAAUUGAUAUCGUACGUUUCCCUUGUGAUGCUACUUUGGGUAGUAGAUUCCCUGCGUGGGGUUUCGAGACUUGA